CAGUCCUUAAACCUGCUUUUCAACGCAUGCGUCAUCUUGACUCCUCGGUCCAAAACCACGCUUAAGUGUCGAGUAAAUACAUUGGAAAGUAGACGAGGUGUAGCCUGUCUGCAGAAAGAAGUCUUUAGACUGGAGAAGUAUUUUCUAAAAUUGAAGUUUUCCUGGCAGGCCGGCCGGGACUGACCUGCAUUUAUAGCCACUGGUCGUCAUCUGAUCUUGGGUUGCUCCAGCAGUAAACUGAGCGGUGAUGACCCUGUCUGGAGGCACAAGUGCCAGCAACAUGUCCGGUCACACCGUACUCACAGCUGACGAUGUGGAUAUCGACGUGGUCGGGGAGGGCGACGAGGGGAUGGAGCGGGACAGUGACUGCGAGAGCCAAUGCAUGCAGGACCGGGGAGAUGAGGUGGAGGAAAUCGAGGUGAAAGAGCGCAGCGUCAGUCCAUGCGAGAGCGCCGGCGAAGGGGAGUCCAAAGGAGAUGCGCAGGAGAGCUCCUCCGGUUCCAUGACAAGCAAGCCCAAGAACAGUCUGGUGAAGCCGCCCUAUUCGUACAUCGCCCUCAUCACCAUGUCCAUCCUCCAGAGCCCGCAGAAGAAGCUGACGCUCAGUGGGAUCUGCGAGUUUAUCAGCAACCGCUUCCCUUACUACCGGGAGAAGUUUCCGGCCUGGCAAAACUCCAUUCGCCAUAACUUAUCCCUCAACGACUGCUUCGUCAAGAUCCCACGGGAACCGGGCAACCCGGGCAAAGGCAACUACUGGACCCUCGACCCCCAGUCGGAAGAUAUGUUCGACAACGGCAGCUUUCUGAGGAGGAGGAAACGCUUCAAGAGACACCAGCCGGACAUUCUCAGGGAACAGACCGCCCUCAUGAUGCAGAGUUUUGGGGCAUAUAGUAUUGGGAAUCCUUACGGACGCCACUAUGGAAUUCACCCGGCCGCGUAUUCGCACCAUGCUCUCCAGUACCCGUACAUUCCCCCGGUGGGUCCGAUGCUCCCUCCGGCGGUGCCUCUCUUGUCCUCCGCAGAACUGAACAGAAAGGCAUUUAACUCUCAACUAAGUCCAAGUCUCCAGUUGCAACUGAACAGCCUGAGCACCGCGUCGAUUAUCAAAUCUGAGCCGUCCAGUCGACCAUCGUUCAGCAUAGAAAACAUUAUCGGGGUCUCCAGCAGCUCUACGAGCGCACAGACUUUCCUACGGCCGCCUGUGACGGUGCAGUCCGCCUUACUGAGCGCACAGUCCCUGUCCUUAUCCCGGACAUCAGCUGCCAUCGCGCCUAUUCUCAGCGUCCCGUCAAAUAUCAUCUCUGGACAGUUUUUACCGACCGCGUCCACAGCAGCGAUAUCUAAAUGGCCUUCUCAAUGAUAAUCAGACUAUUUUUUAGACAUAUUUUAAAUACGAUAAAGCACGAACUAUAGGCAGCACUGGACAAUUCGUCCGCCCCAAUGUAGCCAUGUAAAGACUUUUGAGAAAAAAAGAAAAUUCAUAAUCAAAAAGGAAUGCUUUCGGUACAGGUAAUGUUUGUAAAUAUUUGUACAAAGAAAUUAAUUUACAUGUUUUUUCUUUCUUAUUUCAUUUCGUUAUAAUUGAGUGAGCCUUAUUUUUUUUCUUCAUAUUUUGUUUUCAUCCUGAAAGAAAUGAUUUCAAGAAUGUUUUUCCCUUUUGUUUUCCAUUAUGAAAUAUUAAACUGUUCUUAUUGAAAGACUGAAAAAGUAUGUUUAUCAAAUUUAAAUAUAUGUAAUCUAUGUAGCAAUAUUGUGUUGUAAAUCAACUUAAUUUGUUAAUAAAUAUGAAAAACAUCCAAAGCA